GACAGCUGCGGACCGGGCCAUGGCAGGCGGGGGAGCCGAGGACCCGGGCGGGCACAUGGCCGUCGCCGGGGUGCCGGAGACCCGCGAGCACCUCUUUAAGGUGCUGGUCAUCGGUGAGCUCGGCGUGGGCAAGACUAGCAUCAUCAAGCGCUAUGUCCACCAACUCUUCUCCCAACACUACCGGGCCACCAUCGGGGUGGACUUCGCCCUCAAGGUCCUCAACUGGGACAGCAGGACGCUGGUGCGGCUGCAGCUGUGGGACAUCGCGGGACAGGAACGGUUUGGCAACAUGACACGAGUCUAUUAUAGAGAAGCUGUUGGUGCUCUUGUAGUCUUUGAUAUAUCGAGAGGCUCCACAUUUGAGGCAGUCUUAAAAUGGAAAAAUGAUCUUGAUAGUAAGGUCCAUCUUCCAAAUGGCAGCCCAAUUCCUGCUGUCCUCCUAGCUAAUAAAUGUGACCAGAAAAAUGAUGGUGGCCACAGUCCUUCACAGAUGGACCAGUUCUGCAGAGAACAUGGCUUCAGUGGAUGGUUUGAAACUUCUGCAAAGAAUAACAUAAACAUAGAGGAAGCAGCCCGAUUCCUGGUCGAGAAUAUUCUUGCAACCCACCAAAGUUUUCCUAAUGAAGAAAAUGUGGACAAAAUUAAACUGGAUCAGGACACCUUGAGAGCAGAGAGCAAAUCCCAAUGUUGCUAG